AUGUGGCGCGCCGUGGCGGUGGCCCUCGCGGCGGCGGCCGUCGCGGCGAGCUCCGUCGACGCGCCGGCGGCGGCCGGCGCGGCGCCGGCGGGCGACCCGUACGGCGGCCCGCCGGCGCCGGAACGGGCAGCCCGCGGGCGCUGGGUCUACGUCGCCGAGAGCGACGUCGACGGCGCGAGCGACGCGGCCUGGGAGCGCGCGGCGCGCGAGCGCCUCGAGGCGGACCUGCGCGACCGGGUGCUCGCGGAGCACAACGCGACGGUCCACGUCGGGAACGGCACGGGCUUCCACGACGAGCACCACGGCGGCGGGCACCACGCCCACGUGCACAAGGUGUUGGUUUUCCUCUUCACGGCGCUGGCCGCGGGCGCGCUGACCCUGUUCCUCAUCAACCACUACGUGCCGAGUCUCCCUUACACGCUCGCGCUCUACAUCGAGGGCCUGAUCCUCGCGAUCAUCAUCGACCGCGCGCGGACGAGCCUGGAGCCGAGCCUCUUCUACCAGACCGUGCGCAUGUGGGAGCACAUCGGCCCCCACCUGCUCCUCUACUCCUUCCUGCCGAUCUUGCUGUUCGGCGACAGCAUGUCGAUCAACACGCACCUUUUAGCGCAGAAGCUGAUCCACUGCAUCACGCUGGCCGUGCCGGGCGUCAUGCUCGGCACGACGAUCACGGGGUUGGUCGUCUGGCUCCUCUACCCCUACGACUGGAGCUUCUGCUUCUGCAUGAUGUUCGGCGCGAUCAUGUCCGCGACGGACCCGGUGGCCGUCGUCGCGCUGCUCAAGGACCUGGGCGCGUCGCCGGCGAUGACCAUCGUGAUCACGGGCGAGUCGCUCUUCAACGACGGCACGGCCAUGGUCGUCUUCCACCUCUUCUUCGAGAUCAUGUCGGCCUACCGCAAGGACGGCGCGGUCUACGACGUGACGUCGCCCGGCGACUGGUGGUCCAUCCUCGUCUUCUUCGUCCGCAUGGCCGUCGGCGGGCCGCUCAUCGGCUUCGCCUUUGGGUUCAUGGCGCUGUGGGCGCUCAUGCGGUGCACGCGGAGCCACGAGCACGUCGACGCGACGCUGCAGUCGACGAUCACGCUCGUCUGCGCGUACCUGUCCUUCUUCGUCGCGGAGCAGUGCGCCAAGGCCUCGGGCGUGCUCUCCUGCGUCUGCGCGGGGCUCGUGCUGGCCAAGUACGCGUCGCCGCUGCUCGCGAACCGCCACGCGAUGCACCACAUCUGGGAGAUGUUCGAGCACGUGGGCAACACGGUCAUCUUCAUGCUCGCGGGCUUGCUGACGGGCGAGGCCUACUGCAACCUGCAGGUGGGCCUGGGUUUGUUGUGCAUGGGCUUCGUGUCCUACGUCGUCGCCAUGUUCGUGCGGUGCGUCAUGUUAUUGAUCCUGUGGCCGUGGAUCGCGGCGCUGGAGAAGGACCAGCCCGUGGGGAAGAAGCUGGGCUGGCGCGAGGGCUGCGUCAUGGCCUGGGGCGGGCUGCGGGGCGUCGUCGGCCUCGCGCUCGCGAUCAUCGUC